UGACGUGACCACGUUUCUAGUCGAGCUGUAGUGGCCGAGACACCGAUCGGAAGCGCUGCUCCGCCCUCCGGGACGCGGUCGCUAUAGUAACCAGUCGCCGCUUCCAAGGAGUUUGCAAGCAUUAACAGUAAUCAUCAACGAACUUUGAGUUUGAGUAAGGCAAUGCACUAAGCAAGAGAGACGAAGAGCUGAAAAUGGCAAAAAGAGAGACAGAAGAUCACAGAGCAGCACUUUCUCAGUCUCCUUUAUCACCCUGGAGUAAAGCCACGGAGGUAUCACAGCAGAGCAACUCUGAAGGCACCUACAGUGGGGAUACUGUUCACCCGACUUACAAACAUGUGUCAAAUGAUGUACCAAGAGAGUUUAAGUCAUCCCAGGCAAAAGCAUUUAUUAAAACUACUGAAGAUUAUUUGCAGCCUCAGUUUGGCCCCACCAGACUUUUGCAUUCAGCGGCAAUAUCAGAAGGGUCAGGACUUCAAGAUUGCUCCACACAUCAAACAGCAUCGGAUCACAGCCAUGAUGAAAUAUCAGACCCAGAUAGCUACAAAUCAAACAGUAGAAACAAAUCUUGUUUUAUAUCAGCAUCCAAGAGAAACAGACCUGUCAGUGCUCCAGUGGGUCAACUGAGAGUUGCAGCGUUUUCUUCUUUAAAAUUUCAGUCAGCCCAGAAUUGGCAUCGAUUGUCUCAAAGACACAAACUUCAACCCCGAGUGAUUAAAGUGACAGCUUACAAAAAUGGAUCUAGAACAGUCUUUGCCAAAGUUACUGUACCAACCAUCACCUUGUUGCUGGAGCAGUGCACGGAAAAGCUGAAUCUGAACAUGGCCGCACGACGAGUGUUCUUGGCAGAUGGCACUGAAGCCCUCAAACCUGAAGAUAUCCCCCUUGAAGCCGACGUUUAUGUUUCAAUGGGAGAGCCCUUUUUAGAUCCAUUCAAAAAAAUUAAAGACCAUCUGUUGUUAAUGAAGAAAGUAACUUGGACAAUGAAUGGGCUGAUGCUUCCUACUGAUGUUCAGAGACAGAAAACUAAGCCUGCUCUUUCGAUUCGAAUGAAGAAACUUACUGAGAAGGCUUCAGUCCGAAUUCUGUUCUUUAAGAAUGGCGCGGGGCAAGAUGGGCACGAAAUUGCAGUGGGAAAGGAAACAAUGAAAAAGGUUUUAGACGCUUGCACCAUAAGAAUGAACCUAAAUUCACCAGCCAGACAUCUUUUUGAUUUGUAUGGCAGAAACAUUAAAGAUAUUUCAAAAGUUCCUCUGCUCGAAAAAUGCCUGCAAAAUUCCAUCACACCUUUGCGGGGACCUGUUUGGGUCUCUAAGGGAGAAGGUUUCAGCCCCUCAGGAGCUAAGAUGUACAUCCAAGGAGUUCUUUUGGCCUUGUACCAACGCUUAAAGUCUGCAAAAAAAUAUUAUAAACAGUUGAACCUGGCCAUGGAUGAACAGAAAGAGAAAAUUACUGAAAAAGUCAUUCUUUCAAUGACAGCAAAGGAACGCCAUAAGGCACAAGAAGAAGUGAGCCGGCUGAUUGAUGAAUUGCAGACAGCUAUCAAAAGCAACAGAGGUCAUCUCUCUAAACUUGGCCCCCAAUUACAGGCUGAGCAGGAGCAAUUCUCCUCUUAUGUCUACCAACACAUUAAAAGCCUUCCAGCAAACGCUCUUAUCCCAGGAGGCCUGCGACUGAAGAUAUUUGAAAAUGGUAAAGACACUGGAGCGAUCUCUGUUUGGAUCAGUGAAAAAGAUCUGGGGUUUAAUAACCCAACUCAAACUGGCGAUAUGAUGGAAAGGUUACUUUUCAAGAUUCAUCAAAGGCUUCAAGGAUCUUCCAUCAACCCACCAGGCCUUAAUUUUUCUUCAGCCCGGCUUUUCAAUGAGCAUGGUCAAGAAAUUAAGAAUCCACUUUUGCUGAAGAAUGAGCAAAAGAUUUGGGUCUCUUAUGGUAAAGCAUACAGAUCUCCACUAACCCCUGUUUUGAAUUUGACCUUUGACCGGAUGACAGCAUUUGCCAGAGAUGGCAUUACAGUUGCAUAUAAAACCUUCUUGGAUCCUAAUGCUGUUCUGCUUCCUGGAUGUGACAAUUGGGAAGUUUGUGAGGGAUUUCCAAUGAAUUUCAGUGGCACCAGUCAAGAGAUACCUGAUCAAUUUGAAAAGGUGGACUUGGAGAACCAUUUCUUACAGAACAAGGUGGAUCCCAGUAUUGUCCUUUAUGCCUCUGUUUCCAUUGGAAAGCGGAGUUCCUCGAGGAGUGAAGUGAACAGCGCAAGUCACAUAGUGCCAUCGAUGCUCUGGCCUGCAGCCAGCGUGUGGCUGAUCACAAAGACUGGAAUGAUCCUGAGCCGAGCGAUAACUCAGGGCUGCCUAGCUGUUGGUCAUCCAAUCAGAGUCAAGGCUGCUGAGGGAACAUCACUAGAAGGAUAUAAAUUAAUCCUACAGAAAAGACAUAAAGAAGAUAAUUCUCAGAAGUGGGUGUUUGGGACUGACGGCUGCAUUUAUUCUAAAGCUUAUCCUCAGUUUGUUCUGACCUACCUAGAGGAGCUAAAUGCACAAGUGGAUGCGACCCAGACAGAAUACUGCAUUGACCGUGGUGCCUGGACCACAGCUCAUCAGGAACAUGGCAGCAGCUUAGCAGAAGAGGUUCUGCAAAAAAGUGCCGGUAUUCCUGUUGUGAAGCAACUGCGAGAGCCUUCAGAUACCCAUUUAAUGCCAGAAAUUUCUCCUGGAGAGACAGGGCAGCUGGCAGUGGCACUGCUGAGGAAACUGGAAGAGAAACAUCCUAACGCUUCUGCUCAGAGGUGGGCCCUAAAACAUGCAGGGACCAGUAAGCCAGACCAGUGGAAACAUUCCAGAGUUGAAAAUCCACUCUGGAAUAAGCUUACCUACAUGUGGCCAGUUCUUCCCAGUGGCCAACUUAAUGAGGACUUUGAUUGGCCAAUAGAAGGACUGCUUGUUCCAAACAGUCCUUCCAUGAAGAAACCUAUCUGUAAGACACCUGACCAACAUGUCCAUGUAAGACUCAGAAUUUUGCGGAAUGGAGACAAGGAUGAAAACAGAGCCCUUAUUGUCAUCAGUCCAGACAUCGCACCUGAAUGGAAAAUGCAAAACGUUGACACUGACAUGAAAGAGGAUGUGAAAAGCUGUGUCACUAAAUAUUCAGAAACAAACCAGACUGAAUUUCAUCAACUUUUGGAGAGGUGUACUGAAAUUUUAAAUUUACCUUCUGCAGCUCGGAGACUGUUCAAUGAAAAGGGGAAAGAAAUCUUUACCCUGAAAGAUCUUCAAAGAGACGAACUGGUGUAUGUUUCCUGCGGAGAACAUUGGAUCAAUCCGGACCUGUCUAUUGCUCAGCAGAAGAAGCAAACCUUCCUGAGGAACUUAGCAGCAGAUAUUUCUAAAAUUCAAACCUUCUGCAGUACUCGUAAGGUGGAGGCUCUUGUUUUAGAAAUCCAAAGUGACAUUGUGUCUGGAGCCAAGCUUACCGUGCGUAAACCUAUAGCAAGUUUUGGAGAAGAGAAACAAACAAUAGAACCAGAAGAAGAACAAAUGCAAAAAAAUGCUUUAACAACGGAAAGUGCUUCCAGUAAAAUUCUAGAUUCACAUGCAAGAGCCCAUCUCCGAAUAAAGGCUUGUCACACACUUUUCAAGUAUGCCUGGCAGGAAACUUCUCAUACCUUUGAUGAGGGUGACAGUUUGCCAAAGAAAAUGGAAGAAGAGCUCUUCAAAAAUGUGGAACUACAGAAGAAAUACAGCCAUUCUCCAAAACAGAGUAAAUUGCAGAAGCUUUGCCACCAACAAUUUGAAUACAGAGAUGGGCGAAUUAUAAGCCAUGCAGCUCCUCAGCUAGUCUUGGGGGUGCCAGGUCCAGACUUGCGUUCAGGCACGGAGGUAGUUUUGGUGGAGAAAAAAGCGAAUGAUAGCCAUCAACGCUGGACGCACAAGGAAAGCAGCAGGACCUUUCACCUGGUGAGCAACCCAGACCUGGUGCUGGCAGUGUCUAUGACCAAGGCUAGAAAUGAAGCCCGUGGUUAUCCAGUUAUUGUUCAGACAUAUAAACCAUAUAACAAUGGGACUUCUAAUCAAAAGUGGAAUUACAUUGAAAAUGGGAAAGCUUUUAUGGCCUUCCACAGCACUGCACUGGAUAAGGAAAUCACAGCAGCAAAUUAUGCUGGUAUUUGUACAUCCUCCGUGGUUAAAGAAGAAAAGGUUGAUCAGCCAGGAUACUAUUACCUCUCACCCACUGGAAAGAAAAGAACAAUGCUCUGCUUGGCGUGUGGACAAUCCAUGAGAGUAGAGAAGGGACUGAAACAGUUGCUCCCAGGGCUGCCAUUCCUCUGUGCCUCUGGGUCCAAGACGAAGAAGCCCUUCUCACGAGGGCCUUUCAAGGUCAUCACUGUGGCCAAGGCUGAUUUAUCGUCUUAUGAGGCUCAGAAAACUCUAAGUUAUUAUGAAGAACGCCUAUUAUCUUUACGGCUGAAGACAUGCAUGCAAGUUGUAUCUCAUAGUAGUAUGGCAGCUACGCACCAGAAGGCAGUGAAAAUAAUUGCAUACAAAAAUGGAGAUGGAUAUCAAAAUGGGAAGUUAAUUGUGGCUGAAACAUUCCCCAUGCUUCUCACCAAAUGCACAGAACGACUUGGUCUUCCCAGAAGAGCCUCCAAAGUAUAUACCAAAGACGGAACCACAAUUGUUUCCUUGCAUGACUUGGUUUUAUGGGCUCUAGAUGAAUCUUUUAUCCAGAGAAACUCUGAGGAACAAAAGAAAGAGGCAAUCCCUGUUGGAACAAAAGACGCGACUAUUAAAAGUACAGAAGAAAACCCAAGAGUGAAAGUGAAAAACAAAUUAUUUCCCAAGUCUGUUACAUCCGAUAGUUUGGAUGGUAUAGAUAAGCCUUUGCUCACCAUCAUUCACAGAAAUCCUAUUGCCAUCUGGGUAUCUUGUGGUGAACCAUUUUUAUCUCCAAAUGCUUUGCAGAAAGCAGAAAAAUUAGAAAAACAGAACUGGCUAAAAAAAGACAAAAUUUUGGCUGAUUUAGACACCAUGAAACACAAAAUGAGACAGUUAAAAGGGCGGCGAGUAGCAGCAUGUCAGCCAGCCGCCAUGGUUUCCAACCGAAGCCCUGUACAGCCGGUAGUGGCGGAAGGAGGCUGGACUGAGCAGACUCAAGAGGAAGUUAAACUCAUGGAACUUAUAAGACAUGCAGAGGCACACCUUUCUGACGUCCAAAAACAGCAGUCGAAGAAAAAUUCUCCAAUGACAACAAAACAUGGAGCCCUCAAGCAGAGCAGACUAUAUAAGCAACCUAACACAAAACGAGUUUGGAUUUAUCUAAAUGGAGGCAGACCUGAAGACGGCACGUAUGCCUGGGGCAAAACUUUUUCAGAGCUGCUAGAUGACUGCUCCUCUCGUCUCAAAAUGGUCCACCCAGCCAGAACACUGUACACCCCAAAUGGAGAGCCGAUCCAGUCAUGGGAUGACAUAGAGCGAGACAUGGUCAUCUGUGUGUCCACGGGACACGGCUUUAUAACCCAAAAAGAAUUAAAGCAACUGAUGGAGGUCAGAGCAAAUUAUGCCCGAAUCCGAAGGCAGCAGGGCCCUGAAGCCACAGACAUUGUGGUGUCUCCAUCUGAGAAGCUGCAGUGUCUGGCCUACCUGAAAAACAUCUGUGAACGUCCAAGUGAAGAACUCCUGAUAUAAGAAGAUAUUUCUGAUUUCCAUAACCUUUAGGGUUGGGGGAACAUAGGAUCCUUCCCUCUCAAUGGAAGAUUUCAAAAUACAAGUCAGAUGAAACAGUUUCUAACUCUCACUAUUGUAACAUGUUA